UCACCACCACCGGCAACGCAACGGCCACUACAGACCGACCGACCCAACCCCGCCCCAACAAAAUUACAAGCUCCAGGAGGCAACAACAAUCAUACACCGACACUGCAUCGAUCACGGCCCCACUCUCCGCAACUUGUACAUUACUUAUUCACCAACGACAAAGGUCAAACGCCGCCGGCGCAGCGCCCAAAGCCAGUCAGUCAGUCACGACGCCCCCCGCGCCGCUCGCCCUCGCCCCCCUCCGCCCCGCGACACGACGCCAACGACCGACGCCACCCAUAACACGUUAGCACGUCGAGACGCGCGCUCAAACCGAGCCAUCGCUGCUACCACCACCACUUUGACAAUAUCAACUUUCCCCUCCCCCCCACCACGCACCAUGGGCGCCAUUCAAUGGAAGCUCCGCAUCACGCUCUACUACGUGCUCCUAGUCUUGACAGGCUUUGUGGCCACGUUCGAGUCGAUCAUCUGCGCGCUGCUGGGUCAACGAUCAAACACAAACUUCUACGUCGCCCGCACGUUCUGGUACAUUGCGGGUCCGAUUAUCGGGUGGAAGUUUGAGAUUGAGGGCGAGGAGCACCUGCUCGCGCUGGCAGACAAGCCAGACAAGGAGCGCAGCGCCGUGCUUCUCGGCAACCACCAGCAUGUCGUCGACAUCCUCUACCUCGGCCGCAUCUUCCCCAAGCACGCCGCCAUCAUGGCCAAGAAGUCGCUCAAGCUCGUGCCUGGUCUGGGCACAUUCAUGAUGCUGUCCAACACUGUGUUCAUUGACCGCAAGAACAACAAGUCGGCGGUGCAGGCAAUGAACGACGCUGGGCAGGAGAUGAAGCGCAAGGGGGUCUCGCUGUUCAUCUUCCCCGAGGGCACACGGCAUCUUGCUGCCGAGCCAGAACUGCUGCCGUUCAAGAAGGGCGCGUUCUACCUUGCUGUGCAGUCCGGCGCGCCGAUCAUCCCCAUUGUCGUCGAGAGCUACUACAAGCUGCUCCGCCCUGGUCACUACUUUAAGCGCGGCACGCUGAAGAUCAAGAUCCUCCCGCCCAUCCCCACGGCUGACCUCGAGACGACCGACAUCCCCAAGCUGAUGGAGACGACGCGGGACAAGAUGAACUCGGUCUUCAAGGAGAUCUCGACGCCUCCGGCAGCGCCCAGCGCCGAGCCCACGUCCCCGCUCAUCAGCAGCAAGCAGAAGACGUACAACACGAUCACGGACGGCGAGGACGACGAGCACGUCGAGGACGCCGUGUCGGACGACGACAACGCGACGGCGGUGGAGGGUGAGUCGUCGUCGCCAAAGGUGGUGCCGGUGUCACCCAAGCUACCAGAGUCGCCCGAGACGGACGCGACGACGACAAAGCCUGCCGCGACGACCACCGACGCCAAGCUGGCAAUAGCCAUGGUUUCCGAUUUCUUUCACCCAGACGUCGGCGGUGUCGAGGGGCAUAUUUACAGCCUGAGUGUGGAGCUGGCGAGGCGGGGCCACAAGGUCAUAGUCAUCACCAACCACCGCGGCGAGCGCGUCGGCGUGCGCUACCUGGCGCCAGGGAUAAAGGUGUACCACGUCCCCGCCGUGGCGCUGACGGCGAGCGCCACGCUGCCAAACUACCUCCUCUUCCUGCCGUACCUGCGGUCCAUCAUUCUGCGGGAACGCAUCACGCUGGUACACGGGCACGGCACGCUCUCGUCCUUCGCCCACGAGGCGAUGCACCACGCGCCGCUGCUCGGCGUCCGCACGAUCUUCACCGACCACUCGCUGUUCGGGUUCGCCGACGCGACGGGCGUGCUGACCAACAAGCUGCUGGCCGGGGCACUGCGCAACGCCGACGCGGUGAUCUGCGUCAGCAACACAGGCAGGGAGAACACGGCCCUGCGGGCAGAGCUCGAGCCGGAGCGCGUGAGUGUUAUUCCGAACGCGCUCGUCCCGAGCCAGUUUGAGCCGGCGCCCGAGGCCGUCGACACAGACUACAUCACCAUCGUCGUCAUCUCCCGCCUAGUCUACCGCAAAGGCAUCGACCUGCUCGUCGCGUCCGCCCCGACAAUCUGCGACCUGUUCCCGCGCGUGCGCUUCCUCGUGGGCGGGGACGGGCCGAAGAUGGUCGACCUGCUGCAGAUGCGCGAGAAGUACGAGCUGCAGGACCGCAUCGAGCUCGUCGGCGCGGUCCGGCCGGCCGAGGUGCGCGGCGUGUUGACGCGCGGCCAGAUAUACUUGAAUACCUCGUUGACAGAGGCGUUCGGGAUCAGCAUCAUCGAGGCGGCGUGCGCGGGGUUGUUUGUGGUGUCUACCCGCGUGGGCGGGGUGCCUGAGAUCCUGCCGGCGGACAUGGUCGAGUUUGCGCGCGCAGACGAGGACGACGUGAUACGCGCACUCACGCACGCGAUCCACACGAUCCAAGCGGGCGCCCACGACCCUCUCCAUGCGCACCAGCGCAUAAGAAGCAUGUAUUCCUGGGCCUCCGUCGCCGAACGCACAGAGGCAGUGUAUCGCCGCGUCCUGGCCACGCCGCCGCGGGGCACGAUGGACCGGCUCGCGCGGUACGCCUCCCUUGGCCCCAUCUUCGGGCUUAUUCUUUGUGCCAUUAUGGCGUGCCAGCACUGGCUCUUGUGGGUGUGUGAGCUUGUUUAUCCUGCCGAGGAGUUUGAUGUCGUCGUGGACGAUUGGGAUGCCGGGGCGUUUAAGCGCGCCGUCGAGGCGGAGAAGCGGGCCAAGGCGAAGGGAGUGGCGAGUGGGUAG